AUGUUGGAAGAGAUAUCCGGAGUUUUGCCCUGUACUCAGAAGUAUACGCCUCGAUGCGAAGGGCUACCAUCAUUCGUCAAGCAUUAUUUGAGCCUCAUGGCGAAUGUUCCAACAGAAGCACCAGCGAAGCAUCACGACUGGAGGAGUCGCAGACUCGCAGACCGUGGCAGCAAAGGAGCACCACUCCGCGCUCUUCUCAGGCUGAUCAGCAACGGCAUCAAGGCUGUCAAUUUCUGCCACCCACACUUCGGUGGGUGA